UUGGCAUCUAUCCUCUUAUUUAGACUAUCUAUACCCUCACGGUUGAUUACGGAAGUAGUCAGCAUAGUUGAGCUGACACGUCACGGACGAGGUUACUGAAUGAAAGAUGGCGAACACCUAUGAGACUUUUAAUUUGCGCACCACAACAGAUAAAUUUUACAUCGAGACUUGUGACGAUGGCUCUGUGGAUGUGUUAGCCAUCGAUAGAGUGUCAACUGAGAUGACGCUCACAGUUAAGAGGGAUAUUCCGACAUCUGCUGAGAUCAGGCCAAUAUGUGGACUCAUGGGAACAAUACGCUUGGUGGCAGGUAUGUAUCUGAUCAUCAUCACGAAGAAAAAGAAGGUGGGGGACCUCCUAGGCCAUGCUGUAUGGAAAGCUAUGGAGUUUGACAUCAUCUCCUAUCAAAAGACAAUACUACACUUAACAGAAAACCAGAUGUUAGACAACAAGACCUUCUUGUCCAUGAUCAACAGUGUACUUCAUACAGACAGCUUCUACUUCGCAACAGACUACGACCUGACGCAUACUCUGCAACGCCUGGCCAACACCAGUCCAGAAUUUCAGGAGAUGAGCCUACUAGAGAGGGCAGAUCAGCGUUUUGUCUGGAAUGGUCACUUGUUGAGGGAAUUCAUUGCACAGCCUGAGUUACACAAAUUUGUGUAUCCCGUUGUCCAUGGAUUCAUCAUUAUGAAGUCAACCAGCAUCAAUGGGAAAGUAUUUGAUUGGAGUAUUAUCUCCAGAAGAAGCUGUUUUAGGGCUGGUGUUCGCUACUAUGUAAGAGGCAUUGAUUCAGAGGGCCAUGCUGCUAAUUACGUUGAGACCGAGCAGAUAGUGCAGUACAACAGUGCCAAGGCUUCCUUUGUUCAGACAAGAGGUUCGAUACCCUUCUACUGGUCCCAAAGGCCUAACCUCAAGUACAAGCCAAAACCACAGAUCAGCAAAACAGUCAACCAUUUGGAUGGAUUCCAGAGACACUUCGACUCACAGAUCAUUCUUUAUGGGAAGCAAGUCAUUUUAAAUUUGAUAAACCAGAAAGGCUCAGAAAAUCCACUAGAGAAGACUUUUGAAAAGAUGGUGGGCAACUUGGGAAAUGGCACAAUCAAGUACAUAGCAUUUGACUUCCACAAGGAGUGCAGUCGGAUGAGGUGGCAUCGUCUGCAAAUCUUGUUGGACAAGGUUGCUGAAAUCCAGGAGGAAUUUGGGUACUUUUUGGUGGAUUCAGAUGGGACAGUACUGUUAAACCAGGAGGGGACUUUUCGGAGCAACUGCAUGGACUGUCUGGACCGCACCAACGUUAUUCAGAGUCUGCUCGCCAGACGCUCACUACAGUCACAGCUACAGAAAAUGGGGGUCCUCCACAUGAGCCAGCACAUUGAGGAUCAAGCUGAUUUCGAAAAGAUGUACAAACAUGCUUGGGCUGACAAUGCAGAUGCAUGUGCCAAACAAUAUGCAGGCACUGGAGCAUUGAAGACCGAUUUCACCAGGACAGGCAAGAGAACUCAGUGGGGACUGCUGAUGGAUGGCUGGAACUCCAUGAUACGAUAUUACAAAAACAACUUCUCUGAUGGCUUCAGACAGGACUCAAUAGAUCUGUUUCUUGGGAACUUUGCCGUGGAUGAAGCUGAAAUGGCAACACCACUGAGUGAACCCAAAGAUUGGAAGUUUCUGACGUUACCGAUCAUCAUGGUUGUUGCCUUCUCCAUGUGUAUCAUCUGCUUUUUAAUGGCCGGUGACACAUGGACGGAGACUCUGGCUUACGUCCUGUUCUGGGGAACGGCCAGUGUAGUCACAUUCGGCCUCAUCCUUUUCAACGGACGGGACUUUGUCGACGCUCCAAAGCUGGUGCAGAAGGAAAAGCUGGACUGAAUGUGUGCGUGUGGAAAGCAGCUCCGCCCUGGCGAGCUCACUACCUCAUCCUCUGGCUAUUCAUCACUUUACCCCCAGCAGCAGCAUCAUCAGGCCUGGAGCCUUUACUAGUACAGAGGGUAGAGUCGAGGAUGGCGAAGGAGUCAGCCGGGCCGCCUCGUGUACGACAAAGUUUUUAACAUCGAGACUGCGUACAUGGACCUGCUGCUAUCCACACAGCUGCAACACAAAGACAGGACAGUCUGACACAGGCUAAUUUUUCUGAAUGAGCUGUUUUCCAACGUCACUGUACCUAUUUUUACAAAACAGCUGUGGGACCAACAUCUAAUUUCCCUUACGUCCCACUAUCUGUUGGGAUCAAACGCAGAAAAGCUGUUAAUAAGUUACAGUAUGUCCGGUUUGCCUUUUCAUAUGUAGUCAUACAUAAAGUUGCAUACACUGACCAACUGUGAUAUUAUGGCCACUUGCGCAAUAUUAUGAUAUACAAUAAAAGAGCUGAAUCAAAUAUUGACAGAUUUUAAUUUCGAUUGAUGCUGUCAGAGUUGCAGUUUGUGGCGGUGUCAAGAUGCACCGCAUCAUAAUGAGCACUGUUAAUAAUUCAUUAAA